AUGCUGAUGGGACAACCAGAACGAUCGGCUGUGAAGGAGGAGGUAGGAACCAUAGAGGAUGCGGCGAUCUCUGAGAAGGCUAACAAGUCUGCGCAGAGCGAGAUUGUUGUAUCAAGCUCGUUGGAGAAGAUGCGGGAGGAGAAGGAGGAGGAGGACGUUCCAUUGCCUGCUCCCCUGGCAAAUGGAGCUCUCAAGAAAAUCUUAAAGGAGCUGCCGGAGGGAGCAAGGGUUGCUGCCGAGACCUGCGUGCAGUUCUGGAAGGAGAAGAAAUUCCCUACGGAGGAGCUGAUUGCGUUCUUGAAGAACAUUUCUUCCCACAGUCCAACUCUCAAGAAGAGCUUCGAAGAUCAGCACAAUGGUUUCCUCAGGGCGAUGAAACUGCAGGAGGAGCAACAGAGGAAGAGAGAGGAAGAAGAGCUGAUGGAAAGACAACAAGUAUGGAUGAGAUACAACUCGUUAGAUGGCUACCCUUCAUGGAACCACAUGCGGCACUUCCAGCCCAACUCGACCUGGUCGGGAGCAAACAACUUCAACGCUGGUUACUUCCAUUCCUACCCGCCAAACAUGCAAUUUAUCGGCUCGAGGAUAGCAAACUCCAACAUGCCGCCGCAUCCUCCCUACCAUGACUCGCUGCAGCCCAUGGCAGAGUACGGACGACAGAAUCUCUUCAAGCGCACCAGACUUGAUUUCUCCGAACGACCCGUGACGCAAACCAUGAGUAGCUCGACUUAUUCAAUCGAUGACGUCAGCAAGCGUCAAAGGUUGCCGUCAGACGAGCCUCGUUCUGCACAUGGAGUUCCACAGAUCUCCGAUGCAGAUUUGUCAGCGGCAAAGAAAGCUCUUCAGGGAAGGAGCCAACGGGAGCUCGCAGAUCAUCCUCUCGGAGUUUGGUUGACAAAGAAAGCUCAGCAAGUCACGUCUUCAGUGUUUGUCAAAGUUGUUGCGGAUGUAAAGAAAACAACCCAGCAAGAAGGGAUUUCACCACACACAUACAGAUGCAAAGCUAUUCUCGUCUUCCGGUGA